AUGGGCGCAUUCAUGAGUAGCUUGAGUGGAGGCGUUUUCCAACCGACACCCUCAGUUGUACCUGCCAAUCACUUCACUCCCUUCCAGUUUUGCCAAUUGGGCGAUAUCCAACUCGGCUUCGGUCAGGACGGCUGGAAAAAUGACGUGCACCGAAUGCAACUCGCCGCGGAGCAAGUCAACGCGGAGGACUUCGACUUCUGCAUUGCCGUCGGCGACCUAACCAACAGCCGACACUCCCAUGAGAUCACGGCAUUCCAGCAAACAUACCCGAAUUUCACGGUGCCCGUGCACCUACUCCCAGGAAACCACGACGUGCACAACGUGUCCACGCUAAAACAGUUCAAAACCGACUUCAACACAAGCGACCACAGCAGCUUCGCGCACAACGGGUAUCGGUUUAUUCUCCUCAACUCCAUCACCAUGAUUACCGACAAGACCGAAUUCAAAAACCACACGGCCUACGAAUGGAGAUGGUUCGAGCGCGAGCUCAAAACCGCCGCGCGCGCAGGCGAAAGGAUUGUCGUCGCCCAUCACCAUCUCCCCUUUGAACAUCGGGAGGAUGAGUCGGACUCGUACUGGACUUUUCCAAAGCGCGUGCGUCGCAAGUAUCUAGACCUGAUUCGGAGAUAUGGCGUGCGUCAUAUCCUUGUGGGACACCGGCAUGAGACGAAGAAUAUUUAUCCGGCUGAUGACUUCUUUACGAUCUAUGUCGUGGCGGGGACGGCGCGCUUCUUCGAUACGAAUGGGUUCGGAAUGAACUAUUUUAAUGUCUCGUCACGGGAUUCGGCGAACGAUGUUGCGCAGAAGUAUGUUCAUCUAAAGGGCGUUAAGCAUAUGAAGAGGUCUGAAGGCCAGCCGACUGGGUGUCCGGAUAUCUUUCGACAUGAUCAAUGA